UCUUGGAUAGGGUAUACGUUUCCCUGGUUUACAGUGCUCCGCUGUAGGUUGAUAUUUUUUCUUCUUCUGACGUCACAAACCAGCAAGCGAGCCCAAUCGAAUGUGCUGGGAUUCGUGGCAUCUAUGCUGAGCUAGAUCCUGCCGCCCAGGAUAAACGUCCAUUGUGAGCAGGAGUUGUGCUUUAACAAAACUAUGCGAGUGCUGCCUGCUUCUGUCGCCGCCGCCCAGUAACACAAGAAGACAAGAGGAAAGAGUGGACCCUCGGGGACCGUGAUUUUGACGUGGACUGGCGGAACCACGACAGAGAUUGAACACAUUAGAAAGUAUCCGAGACAUCUCGUUGCGUAUUUUACCUUAAGUCUUGCUGUAAACCACGUCGACUGGAUUUUAAAUGUUUUAGCGGUGCUAUCUACCCGAUUUGAGCAAGCGCCAGGGGCCGAUCUGUCCAACCGACGAGAGACAGAGAGAGGAUAGAAGGAUCACAGGCAGUGCCGACCCGAGGAAAAGGAGGAAGAAAAGGGGAUCGCCCCGACUGUGUUUUACACACUUAUCUUCGUAUUAUUUGGUGGGGGAAUCCAGUACCUCUAACGCUACCAAGCUGUGUUCGCUAGCCAUGGGAUGUACUUUGAGCGCAGAGGAGAGGGCGGCUCUCGACCGAAGCAAAGCCAUCGAGAAAAACCUCAAGGAAGAUGGUGUUACCAUGGCUAAAGACGUUAAACUACUGCUACUCGGGGCUGGGGAGUCGGGCAAAAGCACCAUUGUCAAACAGAUGAAGAUCAUUCACGAGGAUGGUUUCUCAGGCGAUGACGUCAAGCAGUACAAGCCAGUCGUCUAUAGCAACACCAUCCAGUCCCUGGCCGCCAUCGUCCGUGCCAUGGACACGCUCGUCCUGGAUUACGGGGACAAGGAGCGCAAGGCGGACUCCAAGUUGGUUUGUGACGUGGUGAGCCGCAUGGAGGACACGGAGCCCUACUCCCCGGAGCUGGCCGGGGCCAUGAUACGGCUGUGGUCCGACGCGGGCAUCCAGGAGUGCUUCAGCCGCGCCCGCGAGUACCAGCUCAACGACUCUGCGCAGUACUAUCUAGACAGCCUAGAUCGAAUUGGUGCGGCAGACUACCAGCCGACAGAGCAGGACAUUCUGAGGACCAGAGUGAAGACCACAGGCAUUGUCGAGACUCACUUUACCUUCAAAAACCUCCACUUCCGGCUCUUUGACGUGGGAGGCCAGCGGUCGGAGAGGAAGAAGUGGAUCCACUGUUUCGAGGACGUCACGGCCAUCAUCUUCUGCGUGGCGCUGAGUGGCUACGACCAGGUGCUGCACGAAGACGAGACCACGAACCGCAUGCACGAGUCCCUCAUGCUCUUCGACUCCAUCUGCAACAACAAGUUCUUCAUCGACACCUCCAUCAUCCUCUUCCUCAACAAGAAGGACCUGUUCGCAGAGAAGAUCAAGAAGUCUGCCCUGAGCAUCUGCUUCCCCGAGUACAUAGGCCCCAACACUUACGAUGAUGCCGCGGCGUACAUCCAAGCCCAGUUUGAGAGCAAGAACCGCUCCCCCAACAAGGAGAUCUACUGUCACCUGACCUGCGCCACUGACACGGGCAACAUCCAGGUGGUAUUCGACGCCGUCACCGACAUCAUCAUCGCCAACAACCUCCGGGGGUGUGGCUUGUACUGAGGGGUGCCCUGAGAGAGUCUGCAGCUUCCUCUCCUUAUCCCCUCCUAUCCUUCUCCCGUUCCUUAUUAUUUAGAUUGUUUCCUCUUUCCUACCCUCCCUAGCCUACCUUCUCCUCUCCUCCCUCCCCUUUGGUCUAACCUUUGACACUCCUCUUGAAAGUAUGUUGAUGAUAGUCACCAAGGCCAUGAGGGCUCGGCUGAGUUUCUAAACGAAAGGUGAAAAAGUAGAAAAGAUAUAUAAAUAUAUGUAGAGAGAUUCAGUUUGGCUUGCGUCCCUCGUCGGCCACACUCUUGUUCUUCUGUGGCUGACUGCCAGCGGAGCAGAUUCAAUUGAAUUAACAACACAUCAAAGUAUUACAAAAACCCGUACAGCUGUUGAAAAUGUCUGUAAGCAAAGUCAAUGAAAACAGCCUUUCUUCUUUGUCUUUUUUUGGUCCUAGUUACUGUUAUUUGUUGUUGAUUUUGUUAACUAAGAAAAUCUGUUAGCCUUUUUAUUUUUAUUCAUUAUUAUACAUGGUUGAUUAUUUGUUGAUUAUGUGUGUGUAUAUUUAUUGUGCGAGCGUCAGUCUGUACACCUGAUUCUUAUUCACAUUUUGCCUCACCUGACACCAUUUCAUUUGGGUUUUUUUAUGUAGAGUUUUGCUGUAUGUGUACUAUGUGAGACAGUAUAAGUAGCUCUAAGACAUGAUGGGCAAUGGGCCUGAAACUACAGCUCGAGAGAAAAAGAAAAAAGAUAAAAUGGAGAACUGCUGAAACUGACAACACUGAAUUUAGCAUUCCGUUUACAUUCAGCUGAGGCAAUUUACAAUUAUUAUGUUUUCAUUUUAUCAUUUUUUGAGUAGGGGGGAGGGGGAUAGCCUCUGAAGCCCAUAGCUAGUCCAUGAAGCCGUGGAUGAGGCCGGAGACUUGGAGGGGAAGGUGUGCUGAGUAUCUCACUGGUGUGCUGUUUAUAAAGCUAGACUUCCUGGAAGCAUGUUCCCCACAUUAGGUCUCUGGACUCUCUCAACAUGGCUAGAGUCAUUUCUAACCUCCUUCAUCCUAGCAGCGCUCAUCACAAUCCUCUUUUGAUAAACUCUAGGCAAUGAGCUCAUAACUUCUUAAUGACUGAUUAUUAAUCAAUUAAUCAAUUCCAUGUGUUUGCUGACACCCCCCCCCCCCCCACACACACACACACACACACAUACACAAACACAUACACACUCCGUCUGUGCCUGGCGUUCUUAUUACUACUGCUUUCUCAACUCUGAGUUUAAUUUAUUACUUACGUUUUUAGCAUUGAUGUUUAAAGCCCUGAACCCAUUACACGUGACAUUUGUCCUCUAGUUUUGGCAUGAUGACCACCUUGCUUUUUAUUUGAGUGGAAGCCAGAGUUCAUUGAAAAGGGUCAACUCACUUCCCUGUGUCCCCCUUCUUCCUGCCAAACGUUCUUCCUACCCUCUCACCCUUAAACCCCUCCCACUACUAAACCCCACCCCCCUGCCUGAUGCUCCGCCUCCCCACUGAAGCCAUGAGACAGAUAGCAUGAGAUCCUCAUGGCUUGGUCUAAAGAGAGCAGAUAACUGAAACCAAUUUAAAAAAGUGAUGAUAAUAAUGAUAACAAUAAUUUCCACAUGCAUACUGUUAAAAAACAAACUGAAACUUAAAAAAGAUGAAUAAAAUGGAGGAGGACUGAAAGUUAAGAAAAGGUUGGAUUGUUGGUAAAUAAUUCCAGCAGUAAUGGAGCGGGUUUCCUUUUGGCGUGAAGGGGAUGAUGUGAUGUGUCCAAUCAAAAGAGGGCGAUUGGUGGAAAUGGAUGAAAGAAGUCUUUUUCAAAGGUCAUGUCGACUAAUGUCUUGUCUGGGUAGAAAAGCUGUAGAUAUUCGGAUUCUAGGAAAGGUAUAUAGAAUUACACUGGUUUAAAUAGAAAAAACGACUGCACAAAUAAAUGUUAUGCUUAUUUUAUUGACGGUAAUAAAAUAAAAUACAAAAUAGCUCAGAUAAAAAUAACUGAAUAUGAUAAUUCUGUACCAUUAUGGAAAGGUAUAUUUCUUGUGCUUUGUAGCAACAAAUCAUUUCUUUUUCUCUAUAUAUCCCUUUUUUUAAAUAACAAAAUAAAAAAACAAUGUUUGCCAAACGGGUUCCCAUAUGUGAGCUGGCCUGACCGCGCUGUGGCGACCGGUGGGAGCCUCUGUUGUGUUGCUCUGAGCUGCCCUUAUGCUCUGUUUUUGCCUGUUUCCCUACAUUUAGAAGUGUCCCCACUUUUAGCUUGACUCCGAACUACGAAGUACAAUAACAAUGCCUUGUCUUUUAAUGAUUUCUAAAGAAGUAAAUGAAAUGAAGAAUCACUUUAUUGAACAGGCCAGGGAGACCAGUUCUUUUUAUUCCUUUUCUGUGGUGUCCGAUAGUUAUGUGGGCUCCCGCAUGUGUGUAAGCACAUCCAAUGCUGUACAAAUAUAAAGUCAUGCUUAUUCAUUCUUUCGCCCUGUUUAUUUUAUUAUUUUAUUCUCAUUGUUUUUUGAGGGUAGGGGGGUGCUUUGAUACACAACUUCCAGGUCUACAAUGAAAAGCACAGUUCUCAAACACACUUUGUUCACACAUGUAUAACAUGUAGAUAUGGAACUGCAUUACCAUACCUUAACUUAUUUAAAUGUCUUGUAUUAAUCUAGUCAUCUAUAUAACCUCUUUCCUGCCUUCUUGAUUUCUACUUUGGAAAUAUGCAGGCAAAGCUAUGUAUAAUGACAAGAUACAUUUACUCUUUUUUUUCUCCCAGUGGAUGCUUUUUAUUCUGUGCUGAUUUAUUUAUCUCUUUAUCUCCCCAUCUUCUUUUCUCCCCCUCCCCCCUCUAUCUUCUCUCUCUGUCCCUCCCUUCCUCCUCUUUAGUGAAUGAUUGUUUGGUUGUUCUUUUACGUGGGAAGUCUGUGCUGGAAAAAACAAUCGAAUGUAGUGUUUACAUUUAAUGCCACCAUUUUCAUGACUACAAAAAAGAUAAAACAAAUUCAUCAAGCAAUUGUUGUCUCUGGUGGUUUCUAUGUGGGAGGUUGCUUCUUUGCUCUUGGAGUGGUUUGGAUCAAAUCAAAGGUGCAUGUUUUCAAGUCCAGAACUGUGAGAAAGAAGAUUUUAUUCCAGGGCAAGAUACCAAAAACAACUAACACCAUAAU